UGCAAUUCUAUUACCGGGAGCAGCAAUCCUUAUAAGUAGGUCCUUCAGACCCUGGUAGGUCAAAUUGCCGUCAUCACCAUUUGUCUCUGGGCGACAGUUUUUCUUAGUCAGCAAAUUUGGAAGAAAGACUCCUUCGUAGACCUUGGCCGACAUCCAUAGUUAGUCAAAAUGAGUUCUGAAGGGUCUUCAAGGCUUUUUGUACGAGCCACCAACACAGACCUGACCGGAAGAGCGACACCUGAGCCACCCAGUGGGACUGGGGCGACAACCGUAGCUUUCUAUAGCCCGACGAGAUCCGGGACAAGGCCGUACAUCCGGGACCUGGACUUCUGGCGACUCGACCAUCCCGUUGCUGCGGAAGCCAAUGAGGCGAUCUGGAAAAAAAUUGAGGCAGUUGAAGAAUCGAUGCGAAUUACCCCGGAGGCGGCGGAGUCAUCCGGGGCUUUAGUCGUCAAGAAUGUAGACCUUCAUGAGAAAACUAACGCUUUGGAGCAUCAGACGUCUGCCUUCGAAUGCGUACAGAGCAGUCAACCAGAGGCUGUCUUUCGUCGAGGAAUGGAGAUAAGGAUGACCAUCACCUUUAAUCGUCCGUACGAUGCGUCAAAGGACCGUCUCAGUUUUGUCUUCUUAGCAGACAUCCAAAACCCGGCCAAGAACUUGCGAGUUGAGUUCAAGCUUGACGAGACCGGAACAGGGGAGAGUUACCUCAAGAAUAAGACUUGGGGCGCUCGCCUGGACAAGGACCGGACAAGGACAGACGUCCAGGGACAGAUGUCAGUGUUGGUUGUACAUACCUGGAACUGCCGUGGUGGCCGAGUGGGAGAUGAGGAUCAAGACAACUUGUACAUCACCCGGCUUCAACACUGACUACCUGUGGGUCUACCCAAAAUCCAUCUACGUUCUUUUAAUCCUUGGUCAGCAGAUGACCUAGUCCACUUCCCGGGGGACAAAAGCUCUGU